AUGAGCAGUGACGCCGAGAUGGCCCAGUUUGGGCCGGCGGCCAUCUUUCUCCGCAAACCUGAGAAGGAGAGAGUCGAGGCUCAGAACCGGCCAUUCGAUGCCAGAACAGCCUGCUUUGUGCCCAAUGCCAAGGAGCUGUACAUCAAAGGUGUCAUACAGAAGAGGGAAGGUGCCCAAGUCACCGUGAAGACUGAAGCUGAUGAGACUGUAACAGUCAAGGAGGAAGAUUGCCAUUCUAUGAAUCCCCCUAAGUACGACAAGAUUGAGGACAUGGCCAUGAUGACCCACCUCAACGAGCCCUCUGUGCUGUUUAACCUCAAAGAUCGUUAUGCAGCAUGGAUGAUUUAUACCUACUCUGGGCUCUUCUGUGUGACUGUUAACCCUUACAAGUGGCUGCCUGUGUACGACCCGAAGGUCGUGGCAGCCUACAGAGGCAAAAAGCGCAUGGAGGCCCCACCACAUAUUUUCUCUGUCUCUGAUAAUGCAUAUCAAAAUAUGCUUACAGAUCGGGAGAACCAGUCUGUCCUGAUCACUGGAGAAUCUGGUGCAGGAAAGACUGUCAACACCAAGCGUGUCAUCCAGUACUUUGCGACAAUCGCAGUGGCUGGUGGAGGGGUUGACAAGAAAGACCACUCACCUGGAAAAAUACAGGGGACACUGGAAGAUCAAAUCAUCUCAGCGAACCCUUUGCUGGAGGCUUUUGGGAAUGCUAAGACUGUGAGGAAUGACAAUUCCUCAAGAUUUGGCAAAUUCAUCAGAAUUCACUUUGGAACAACAGGGAAACUGGCCUCGGCUGAUAUUGAAACCUACUUGCUGGAAAAGUCAAGAGUGACGUUCCAGUUGUCCGAAGAGAGGAGCUACCACAUCUUCUAUCAGAUAAUGACUGGGCACAAACCAGAGCUUAUAGAGAUGCUUCUCAUAACAACAAACCCAUAUGACUUCCCCAUGAUAAGUCAGGGUCAGAUCACUGUGGCCAGCAUUGACGACAAAGAUGAGCUGGUGGCCACAGAUACUGCCACUGAUGUCUUGGGCUUCACCAAUGAAGAGAAAGUCUCCAUCUACAAGCUGACUGGCGCUGUGAUGCAUUAUGGGAACAUGAAGUUCAAGCAGAAGCAACGGGAGGAGCAGGCAGAGCCCGAUGGCACUGAGGUUGCAGACAAAGUCGCUUUCCUCAUGGGGCUGAACUCUGCCGACUUGCUGAAGGGCCUUUGCUAUCCGAGAGUGAAAGUAGGGAAUGAAUAUGUCACCAAGGGCCAGACAGUCCCCCAGGUCACCAAUGCAGUUGGUGCUCUGGCCAAGUCUGUCUAUGAGAAGAUGUUCUUAUGGAUGGUCAUACGCAUCAAUGAGAUGCUGGACACAAAGCAGCCCAGACAGUUCUUCAUUGGAGUGUUAGACAUCGCUGGAUUUGAAAUAUUUGAUUUCAACAGCAUGGAGCAACUCUGUAUUAAUUUCACUAAUGAGAAGCUGCAACAGUUUUUCAACCACCACAUGUUCGUACUGGAGCAAGAAGAAUACAAAAAAGAAGGAAUUGACUGGGAGUUCAUUGACUUUGGUAUGGACCUGGCAGCCUGCAUUGAGCUCAUUGAAAAGCCGAUGGGCAUCUUCUCCAUCCUUGAAGAGGAGUGUAUGUUCCCCAAGGCCUCAGACACUUCUUUUAAGAACAAACUCUAUGACCAGCAUCUUGGAAAAACAAAUGCUUUCCAAAAGCCAAAGGUUGUUAAAGGCAAGCCCGAGGCUCACUUCUCCCUGGUGCACUAUGCUGGCACUGUGGACUACAACAUCACUGGCUGGCUUGAAAAGAACAAAGACCCCCUGAACGAGUCUGUGGUGCAGCUUUACCAGAAGUCAUCGAUGAAACUGCUGGCCUUCUUGUAUGCCACGUUUUCUGGUGCUGAAGCAGAAUCAGGUGGUGAUGCUGGAGGUGGAAAAAGUGGAAAGAAAGCUGGAAAGAAGAAGGGAGGCUCCUUUCAAACGGUGUCUGCUGUUUUCAGGGAAAAUCUGGGAAAACUAAUGACAAACUUGAGGAGCACCCAUCCUCACUUUGUGCGCUGCCUGAUCCCAAAUGAGAUUAAAACACCAGGAAUCAUGGACAAUCACUUGGUCAUCCACCAGCUACGCUGUAACGGUGUGCUGGAGGGUAUCAGGAUUUGCAGGAAGGGAUUCCCCAGUAGGAUCCUUUAUGCUGACUUCAAGCAGAGGUACAGAAUCCUAAAUGCCAGUGCCAUCCCUGAGGGACAGUUCAUUGAUGGAAAGAAGGCUUCCGAGAAGCUUCUUGGUUCGAUUGACAUUGACCACACACAGUACCGAUUUGGGUCUACAAAGGUCUUCUUCAAAGCUGGUUUACUUGGCACUCUGGAGGAGUUGCGAGAUGAAAAACUAGCUUCUCUGGUGACUCAGACUCAAGCAUUGUGUCGUGGUUAUCUGAUGAGAAAAGAAUUCUCCAAACUAAUCGCACAAAGAGAUUGUGUCUGGAUACUGCAAUAUAACUUGCGCUCAUUCAUGAAUGUGAAACACUGGCCAUGGAUGAAGCUGUUCUUUAAAAUUAAGCCACUUCUAAAGAGUGCAGAGACUGAAAAAGAGAUGGCGACCAUGAAAGAGGACUUUGUCAAAUGUAAGGAGGAUCUGGCAAAAUCUGAGGCCAAGAGAAAGGAGCUUGAAGAGAAAAUGGUUUCUCUGCUGCAGGAGAAAAAUAACCUCCUCCUGCAAGUACAAGCUGAUUCAGAAAAUCUUUGUGAUGCAGAGGAGCGAUGUGAAGGCUUGAUUAAAAGCAAAAUCCAGCUUGAGGCCAAACUCAAGGAGGUGACCGAGAGACUGGAGGAUGAGGAGGAAAUGAACGCUGAGUUGACCGCCAAGAAGCGGAAGCUGGAAGACGAAUGCUCUGAGCUUAAAAAAGAUAUUGAUGACCUGGAGAUUACCCUGGCUAAAGUGGAGAAGGAGAAACAUGCCACAGAAAACAAGGUAAAAAAUUUAAUGGAAGAGCUGGCUGGUCAGGAUGAAAACAUUGGGAAACUGACAAAGGAGAAGAAAGCCCUUCAAGAGGCUCAUCAGCAGGGACUGGAUGAUCUUCAAGCAGAGGAGGACAAAGUCAACUCUCUGACCAAAGCCAAGUCUAAGCUUGAACAGCAAGUGGAUGAUCUUGAGGGUUCAUUGGAGCAAGAAAAGAAGAUCCGCAUGGACCUCGAAAGAGCCAAGAGGAAGCUCGAGGGAGAUCUGAAGCUUGCACAGGAAUCUUUGAUGGAUCUGGAAAAUGAUAAGCAGCAAUCUGAGGAGAGAAUUAAGAAAAAAGAAUUUGAAAACAACCAGCUGCUCAGCAACAUUGCAGACGAGCAAGCAAUUAAUAACCAGCUCCAAAAGAAAAUGAAGGAACUCCAUGCCCGUAUUGAAGAACUGGAGGAAGAAGUUGAGGCCGAGCGAGCGGUUCGGGCCAAGAUUGAGAAGCAAAGGUCUGACCUCACUAGGGAGAUCGAGGAGAUCAGUGAGAGACUGGAGGAGGCCGGAGGAGCCACAGCCGCACAGAUUGAGAUGAACAAGAAACGUGAAACUGAGUUCCUCAAACUGCGACGUGACCUGGAGGAGUCCACGCUACACCACGAGGCCACGACCGCUGCACUGCGCAAGAAGCAGGCAGACAGCAUGGCCGAGCUGGGAGAGCAGAUCGACAACCUCCAGAGAAUUAAACAGAAACUGGAAAAGGAAAAGAGUGAAUUGAAGAUGGAGAUUGAUGAUUUGGCCAGCAAUAUGGAAACAGUUGCAAAAGCUAAGGUCAACCUGGAGAAGAUGUGUCGCUCACUUGAAGAUCAGUUAGUGGAGCUAAAGACCAAGAAUGAUGAAAACACAAGACAAAUUACUGAUCUCACCAAUCAGAAGGCCCGUUUUCAAACUGAGAAUGCUGAAUUUUCACGUCAAAUGGAAGAGAGAGAGAGUCUCAUCUCCCAACUGACAAGAGGAAAGCAGGGAUUCACGACACAGAUUGACGAGCUAAAAAGACUGAUUGACGAAGAAACAAAGGCUAAGAAUGCCCUGGCUCACAGUUUGCAGUCGGCUCGUCACGACUGUGAUCUCCUUCGUGAGCAGUACGAGGAGGAGCAGGAGGCCAAAGCUGAGCUGCAGCGGAGUUUGUCAAAGGCGAACACUGAGGUGGCUCUCUGGAGGAACAAAUAUGAGACCGACGCCAUCCAACGCACUGAGGAGCUCGAGGAGGCAAAGAAAAAGCUUGCCCAGCGCCUCCAAGAGGCUGAAGAACAAAUUGAAGCAGUGAACUCAAAGUGUGCCUCACUGGAGAAAACUAAACAGAGACUUCAAAAUGAAAUGGAGGAUCUUAUGGUGGAUGUGCAAAGGUCCAACAGCUUAGCGGCUACCCUUGACAAGAAGCAGAGAAACUUCGACAAGAUUCUAGCCGAGUGGAAGCAGAAGUAUGAGGAGUCUCAGGCAGAGCUUGAAGGCGCUCAGAAAGAAUCUCGAUCUCUGAGCACUGAGCUCUUCAAACUGAAGAACUCUUAUGAAGAAGCUCUGGAUCAUCUGGAGACAAUGAAAAGGGAAAAUAAAAACCUGCAACAGGAGAUAUCAGACCUGACAGAGCAACUUGGAGAAAGUGGGAAGACGAUUCAUGAACUGGAGAAAUUCAAGAAGCAGGUGGAAACAGAGAAAUAUGACAUGCAGACUGCGCUGGAGGAAGCUGAGGCAUCACUGGAACAAGAGGAGUCUAAGAUCCUGCGUGUACAAAUGGAUCUAAACCAGAUGAAGGCUGAAGUGGACAGAAAAAUAGCAGAGAAAGAUGAGGAGAUCGACCAGUUGAAGAGGAACAACCAGAGAGUGAUGGAGUCCAUGCAGGCCACUCUGGACGCUGAGGUCCGGAGCAGGAACGACGCCCUAAGAGUGAAGAAGAAGAUGGAGGGAGACCUGAAUGAGAUGGAGAUCCAGCUGAGCCAUGCUAACAGGCAGGCGGCCGAGGCCCAGAAACAACUGAGGAACGUUCAGGGGCAACUCAAGGAUGCCCAAAUCCACUUGGAUGAUUCUGUCAGAGGGCAGGAUGAUAUGAAGGAGCAGGUAGGCAUGAUGGAGCGCAGAACGGCCUUGAUGCAGGCUGAGAUUGAAGAGCUCCGAGCAGUCGUGGAGCAGGCGGAGAGGAGCCGCAAAAUGGCCGAACAGGAACUGAUUGAUGCCAGUGAACGUGCAGGACUUCUUCAUUCUCAGAACACCAGUCUUCUGACCACCAAAAAGAAACUUGAGGUGGAUGUAACUCAACUUCACAGUGAGAUAGAUGAAGCCGUUCAAGAGGCCAGGAAUGCUGAGGAGAAGGCCAAGAAAGCCAUUACUGAUGCUGCCAUGAUGGCUGAAGAGCUGAGGAAGGAGCAGGACACCAGUGCUCACCUGGAGAGGAUGAAGAAGAACCUGGAGGUCACAGUGAAAGACCUGCAGCAUCGGUUAGAUGAGGCUGAAAACUUGGCCAUGAAGGGAGGGAAGAAACAGCUUCAGAAACUGGAGGCUAGAGUCCGUGAGCUGGAAAGUGAGCUUGAAGCCGAGCAAAAACGUUCUACUGAGGCCAUCAAAGGAGUCCGUAAAUAUGAAAGGAAGGUCAAAGAGCUGACCUAUCAGUCUGAGGAAGACAAGAAAAACAACAUUCGACUGCAGGAUUUGGUGGACAAGCUCCAGAUCAAAAUGAAAGCCUACAAACGACACGCCGAGGAAGCUGAGGAGCAGUCUAACGUGCAAAUGGCCAGAUUCAGGAAGGCCCAGCACAUGCUGGAAGAGGCCGAGGAGAGAGCCGACGUGGCCGAAUCUCUGGCCAACAAGAUGCGAGCCAAGAGCCGUGAAAUUGGGACGAAGCCACAAGAAGGCCAGGGAGAGUAACUGAAUGUGGAACAAGACUUUGCCUGCAGUUCGAACACCAGUGGAUAUAAAUGUGCUUGACAGUCAUGUCUGAGAGCAAAUUCUAUAUGUAUAGUAGUUUACAGUUUACCAUACCAAAUUAAUAUCACAGCAUGUUAACUCCUGUGAGUGAAUCUCGCCAAAAUAAAUUAAGCAAUCAUCCGUUAAAUAAGAGAACACUGUUAAUCAAAUAUUUGGUAUUUAAUCACAUAAUAAGUCCAGUUUUAAUGUAGAUGACGUCCAAAAUUGGUGUUCUGGACAAAAGCUACAACUUCAUGAUGUACAACAUCAUGUACUACCCAACUCGGGAUGUGUAGCCACAAAAUUCAUUCCUCCAAAUAAUUGAAUGACAUUAAAAGCCCUUUGACACCUGUGAGAUAAAUGGUGGAGUAAUAAUGUGAUUUUAAAUCGGAGCAUAA